CCAAACCUAAAAGAAUUGUCAGCAGUAAACCUUGAUUGGUUCUCACACUUGAGUUCAGAGUCUCGUAGAAUCUUACUAUGUCAGGCUUUACGUGAGGUUGAUGGCUUGAAGUUCAUAGUAGAAGAAGACAAGACACCAGAAUGGCUUGACCACCUUGUCAUUGGAAAUUCAUUGUCUUUUUUGUUCCAAAAGGAAUUCCCAAACAUGGCUGUAUGUUUUGCUGCAUUAAUUGAGGACCCGUGGCACUUACCACCAAAACUGCUGUUUGAUGUCCGGAUUAAUGGCGCAGAUGUUGGACUCCCAGAUGCUCAAACAAUUCUUGGAUCACUUGCAUCACGACAUAUCUUUAUGUUUGAUUUGCAGUGCCUAGUUCUUGAGGAUAAACUCAAGAAUGUAGUUUUAGAUAGUGGAUGGAACCUCGUGGAGAUAUCCUGUUUCUUGAGUUACAUAAAUUGCUCCCAUCCAGGGGAAAGUGGAGUAGCUAGGGCCAAAUGGAGUGGAGCCUGUGUGUACAAGCAAAAAUCCAGAAUGGUAGAUAUUCGAUUCAUAAAUCAUAGCCAGGAACAAGAAACAGUACCUGAGUUUUUGAAAGGAUCUUCCAUGAGUCCAGACAGUUAUGCUGAGCUAGUCCUGCGUAGAAUGAAGCGGUCCGAUUUCGAAGUCUGUACCAACAAUGCAGGCAUUUCCCUUUUACCUGAGUCCACAGCUCAGUCUCAUUCAGUCACUGAGAGAAACAAUAAAAAGAGAAAAAGAAAGAGGCAUGGGAAUCAUCUAUCUAUACAGGUCCCAUCUCUUCUCGGUUUCUCUCAUUGUACCUCUUUGACGAUAAACAUUGUAUGAUGGUUUGUUUUGUCAUUUAAUUCACCAACAUUUCUUUAAGUUAAGGGUAUCAUUUUUGGAUGGAGAAAGACAAACUUACCUGGACAUUGUAAGGUUCAUUAUUUAGGAAAAUUUUGAUAUUUUGUAUGUUUUUAAAAUUGAGAUUAUCAGCUUCUUGCACAGUAUAUAAAAUUUUAAUCCUUUCGUCAGAAAGACACGAUUCAGAGGUUCAUGAUUCAGAUGAGGAAAAGGAGACAAUUUGUGUAAAUGACUAAAUAUCGUGAAAUUCAUUAUCCAUUUUUGUUAUGUA